AUGCUGAACGUCGACGAGUGUUACGUCGAAGUUUUGCGGCUCGUGAAACAGGCUGGCUCGAUCAUCAGGGAAAAAAUCAACCAACGUAAAGACGUGCUCACGAAGUCGUGCGACGUUGACUUAGUUACACAAUGGGAUCAAGAGGUAGAGAGAUUUUUAAUCGACGAAAUAACGACGAGAUAUCCCGAGCACGAAUUUAUCGGCGAAGAGUCGGCUGCUUCGGGUCAGAAGAUCACGCUAACGGAUGCGCCAACAUGGGUAAUCGACCCGAUCGAUGGUACGAUGAAUUUCGUUCACGGCUUACCACACACAUGCAUAUCGAUCGCAUUGCUCAUUAAUAAAACGGCGGAGAUAGGAAUAGUGUAUAAUCCGAUUUUGGAGCAGCUUUUCACCGCCCGUAAAGGCCAGGGCGCUUUUCUUAACGGCGCUCCGAUUCGCGUAUCCGGCGAAAAAGAACUGCGCAAGGCACUAUUGAUGGUAGAGAUGGGAACGAGCAGAGACCCGGAGAAAAUGAAAAUAGUUUUGGAAAAUAUAACACUUCUUACUUCACGUGUUCACGGAAUACGAGCGCUCGGUUCGGCGGCCUUGAAUAUGUGCAUGGUGGCUCUCGGUGGCGCCGACAUCUCCUUCGAGUUUGGCAUACAUGCGUGGGACAUCGCAGCGGGGGAUCUUAUAGUGCGAGAAGCUGGCGGUGUGUCGAUAGAUCCAGCUGGAGGUCCGUUUGAUGUAAUGAGCAGAAGAACGCUGUGCGCAUCGUCGAUAGAAUUAGCUCAACAACUCUCCCAAGUACUAAUUCAAUAUUAUCCGACGCGGGACUGAAAAGCCUGAAAGUUUCGUACGGAAGAUGAAAACUUACGUUUCACAUGAGUGUCAAAUUAGAUAAUCAAUAUAUCGUAAAUAUUAUCAUUUUAAAGUAAGAAACUUAAAUCGAAGUUACAUAUACUGUAAAAUAUAUAGAGUCACGUACAAUUUUAUUUAGAAAUUAUUGGCGAAAUCUUGACUGUCUUUAAAACAUUUGAGUCUUUUAGAAUAAGAGAAAAGAUAAUAAAGCAACAAAAUUAUUUACUUAUAUUUAAAGCUAACGUUGUAUGUCAGUAUUCGUGUAUUUAUUCAUGUAAACGGUCAACUAGAUAUAAGAAUCGUUUACAAAACUGAAUUAUUUAUUAAUUAUAUAAAAAUAAUUUAUCGAUCUCAAUGAAGUUUAAAUAUGGUGUCGCACUUAUCAGUUGUAUGGUGCAUAUAAAUAUUAUAUACAACUAAAGGGAGAACCAAAUUGAUUUUUACGAAUAAUUCCAAGGAUAUAUGCGCUAAUAUCUAAACUGAACGCAUCCUAUUUUAUGUAAUGUUAAUAAAUCGCUAUGUACUUAGUAUUUCUUAUAUUUCAGAUUAUAUUUUACUUAAGACAUACUCUUUCCAAGUCAAGAAAGAAAUAUUCCUACUUUAAAGAAAUGAGUGUGUGU